UUUGCUAUUGCAUGGAAAAAUGCAAGGAAUGACAACCAGCAAAGAAUUAUGGAAAGAGAGAAUGAUGUUCACUGGUCGGAACUCCAUGAGCUUGUGUAUUUCAACGCAGUAGAGUGCACUAUAAUAGAUCCAAUACAUAACCUCUUCCUUGGGACCACCAAAUACAUCAUGGAAAAGUGGAUAUCAACUGGUCUGAUCUCUAAUGCGCACCUCAUAGCUAUGCAAGACGAUGCCGAUAAGCUUCAUGUUCUUAUAGGCUAUACAUCUCUCAGAAAAAAGAUAAUCAAGGCAUUUCCUUUCAUGAAGGCUGACAAAUGGAAGUCCUGGUGCCUUGUCUACUCUCCCACUGUUCUGUCUGGCCACCUUCUGCAAAAACAUUUUGACAACUGGAUGUGCUUUGUCAAUGUCUGUUGA